AUGGUUCAGCUCGGGGGCGGCAGCAGAGCCCCUCCGGCCCCGGCCGCGCCGCCGGCCUUCAGCAUCGACAGCAUCCUGCAGCCCGGCCCCCGCCGGCCGGCCACGGAGCCGGGCACAGCCCGCUGCGCGCUGCCGGAGGAAGAGGAGGAGGAGGAAGAAGAGGGAGAGGAGCCCGAGGAGCAAGAGCCCAGUAAAGGCUCCAGCGACUCGGGUACGGAGCCAGCAGCAGCCUCGGGCUGUCCCGCACGUCGGGUCGCGGUCCGGCCCCCACCCAGGCGCCGCGGCCUCCGCUCCGAGGGCGGCGAUGCGGGGUCCCCGCUCCCCGCGGAGGGGCUGCGCGGUCCCCGGCAGCCGCCGCGAGAGGCCGGGGGCUCGGAGAACGGCAGAUCAUCGGCGGCGGGCGGCAGGAAGAAGACGCGGACCAUCUUCUCCAAGAGCCAAGUGUUCCAGCUGGAGUCCACCUUCGAUGUGAAGCGCUACCUGAGCAGCUCCGAGCGGGCCGGGCUGGCCGCCGCGCUGCACCUCACCGAGACCCAGGUGAAGAUCUGGUUCCAGAACCGCCGCAACAAGCUCAAGAGACAAAUGUCAUCCGAGCCCGAGGGCCAGGGGCCGGGGCCGGCCGAGCCCCCCGGGGAGCCGCAGCCCCUUGCUGCCUCCUCGGCUCUCUCCUUCCCGUCCCUCUACAAGGACAGCCCCGUGCUCAGCCGCUGCCUGCUGCCGCUGCCUUUCCCCCUGCUCUGCCCGGGCAGCGCCAUCCCCUACCUCUGCUUCCCCGGGCCGGGCAAACACUUCAGCCUGCUGGACGGGGACGUAUAG